UUGCCUAUAUAUGAGAUAAGGAUUGAUUUAUCAUUAUUAGAUACCAUUAACUACCUAUUUAUACAUUAUAAUAACCAUUAUACUAUCUAAAUCAUAUGCAGGUUAGAAUAGUAAAAAAUGUUCAUGCAAACUAAAAAAAUAUGUCUCACAAUAAAGUAGGAGCAAAACACGAAUGAUACGGCGAAGACAGGUGCUUUUGCUACAAUACAUACAUUAUUAAACGGUCUCGGUUAGGAUAGGGGUUUCAGACUGAACUUUCAGUCUCCAACACAAAACUAGGGAGGCAACUAGUAGAAAGUUAUGAAAUAAUCAAUAUUCAGUCCUUGUGUAUAUUUAAACAGUCGAUCCAAACAUUCAGUGUUUCUUUAACAGUUUCGUUUUUAAUUCCAAGCGGCCAUGAGUUAUUUUUUUAGAAUGUGGUGAUUUCGGGGUUUCGGUCAAAAUUUCUUUUUUUUCUCGCAAAACAUGAACCGUUACACGAUCCUCCAUCAGCUAGGCGAUGGCACCUAUGGAUCCGUUGUUUUAGGUCAAAGGAAAGACACUGGCGAGAAGGUGGCCAUCAAAAGAAUGAAAAGAAAAUAUUACUCGUGGGAUGAGGCUAUGAAUUUAAGGGAAGUUAAGUCUCUAAAAAAACUUCACCACGCCAACGUAGUUAAAUUAAAAGAAGUCAUACGAGAAAAUGACGUUUUAUAUUUUGUUUUUGAAUAUUUACAAGAAAAUUUGUAUCAACUUAUCAAGGAUCGAAGAGUUCCAUUUCCCGAAGCUACUGUACGGAAUAUGCUUUAUCAGAUUUUACAGGGCUUAUCGUUCAUCCACCGACACGGAUUUUUCCAUAGAGACUUAAAACCCGAGAACAUACUUUGUUCAGGGCCGGACCUGGUCAAAAUAGCCGAUUUCGGUUUAGUGAGGGAAAUCAGAUCGAGGCCUCCAUAUACCGACUACGUGUCGACAAGAUGGUACCGAGCACCUGAAGUGCUGCUACACUCAACAACCUACAGCAGCCCUAUUGAUUUGUGGGCUGUGGGUUGUAUAGCAGCAGAAAUUUACACGUAUAGACCCCUGUUUCCUGGCACGACUGAAACCGACCAACUCUAUAAAAUAUGUGCUAUUAUGGGAACACCAGACAAGAGACAAUGGCCUGAAUGCUACCAACUUGCAGGAGCAGUGGGCUUUAAAUUUCCCUAUUUUGCCAAAACACCAAUAAGCGAUGUAGUGCCACAAGCUGGAUCUUUAUCAGUAGAUCUGUUGGAGAAUUUUUUAGACUGGAACCCUGCUAAACGACCAACAGCCCAGACGGCUUUAAAACAUCAAUUCUUUCAAGUUGGUCCACAAUUUCCCUUGCAAAAUAACCGUCAGAUUCAAAUAAAUAGUGCUGUUAAACAACAAUCAAAUGUAUUUUUACAGCAAAAUGAAAACAAGGAUUUGUUUGGUCCUUCACUUCCCCAAGUAGAUAUACAGUCUAAUGGACAGUCUUUGAACAAUAUGCCGCAAAAUAUGCAUCCAUCAGUACAAAUAAACAUCCAGUCCCUUAUAAAACCCAUGUCGGAAGUAGAAAAACCCCAACAGGCAACAAUAGCACCAGUAGUUUAUAGUUUUGGCCAAUCGGACUACGCUAGCAAAUACUUUCCUAAUUUACAAAAUGUUCAACAAAAUUUGGGGAGAGCUUUGCCAGCAAAGAAACUAUCAUGGAACUACGAUUACGAAGAGGACGAUUUUGCCGAUAUAUUGGGCAAGAUCAAAAUGCCGCAAGCGGAAAAAUCGAAAGAGGGGCACCAAGCCGCCAAGCUGAACCUGAGCCAGUACAAUCUGGAGGAUCUGCUUGAGCCACUGGCGAAGGCGAGCGCCGGAACGGCAAGGAGUCAGUAUUUGAGCGUGUCCAGGUACGUAGCCGGUCAGCCGUCGGCUGUUAGACGAGGAGAUCCAAACGUUAAUUUAAUCCCCACAUACCCGAACAGUAGGCGAAAUAGCGGACUUUUUAGUAAGAAACCAGGAAAAAUCGACCUCCCUUCAAUAUGGAAUGAUCCAAUGGGCGACAUAACAAACGGUACUCAAAGAACAAUUGCCGGAUUGAGUCUGCCAAAUGCCGGGGGUAUCGAUUGCACAGCCAAAUAUUUUAAGUAAAAAUCGUCAAUGAUGAAAAUAAUCUGUGAUAGUUACAUAUUUUUUGUUUAAACACUUUCCAUAUUGUAUAUUAAUUAUUAACCACAAUAAAUAUAUUAACUGUUAA